GGAAAGUUGGUUGUCUGCAAAGGUUCCAGGGAGCGGGAGGGACAGACGCUGGAAGGUUACUUGGUUCUAUUGUUUCCUGUAUUGUUGCUUCCAGGCCCCGGGCACCUCGACGGAAUGCACGGAUGACAGCACCACACGAAGUCGAAGGGCGGAGUGUGAUGGCCGGGUCGGGGUCAUGUGAGGGCGUGCUGCUCCAGGUGCUGGCACCGUGGGCUCUGGCCCCUACCCCUCCUCCCAGCUGUCGUCGAUUCCAACACUACCCCACAGUCCCAACCCUGCCCCGCUUCGCCCUGCCUCGCCUGUUCCGGGGACACCAUCGGCGGCAGCUCUGUGCCUCUCGUGUGUGGCGUGACUCCCGGCCCCUUUAGGACUUCUUGCCCCGCCGCCCCCUGGGCCGUCAAACUGACCUGUUGUGAGAGUACGGAUCUAAGUAUAGAGCCUUUAUUAACACUAAACUUAAAUAACUGGUCUGUGUGUGGCCGGCUAGCAUUAGUGAAGUAGAUGAAUGAGUUGAGUGACGCGCUGCGUGGCUCGUGUUGUGUUCGUGAGUGUGUUGAACCUGAGGUUACAUGUCAGCAGCGGAUGUAGUAAGCAGGCCAGUGCAGGCGGUGGGCAUGGAUGACGGGGGCCGCGGAUGGAGUGGGUGCUGGGGAUUCAGAUCAAGAUGGCGAAUUACCAUACAGUUCUAGGGAUGCCCAUGUAGGGGUGGCACUGAGCCCCUCCAGGGCCAUCCCCGUCACAGCCUUUGGGUCCCCGGGGCGCUCAUCCCAAAACUGCCAGGGCUUAGCGGGUGUGGCCACAGUCAAGGGCACCUGUGUUGUUCCAUUGAGCCAAGAGGGGUAUGGUGAUGCUGAAAUGGGCCUGGCAGGGAACUUCAGCAUCCUGGCGGUGGACGGCCUCAGUGAUAAGUCAGGCGGUGUCUACAAGGGAGCGCCAUCAUCCUGCGAGAGUUUCUGCAAUGGCGAGACGACCAGUGGUGGCGAGGAGUGCAUCCCAAGGACAAUGGUGGGACAGCAGCACUCAGACAGGGCCUGGGUGGGAGGAGGGUGCCCUUCUGGCUGCUAGGAGUAGGAAGAACCGAGGCCUGGAGGAAGCUGUCGACAUAGAUGAGCUGGAAGUUGUUGAGAAAAAAACGCAGGAUCGUGAGUCGCAGGCUGGACAAAGCUGCCUGGAGGUCGGAAGGUCGCUUGCAUCAAAAAUAUCAUUAGUUCAAAGGAGACAGAAGCAGUGUAAUUCUGACUACUCGUCGCUGUCGUCAUCAGACUCUCCACGGGUCAGCGACACCAGCAACAGGAGUGAUUCGGGUAACAGUCCCGGAAGCAGCAGCAGCAGCAGCACCAAUGGGGCUUCCAGUAAAACCAGGGAAUCUAAAUUUAAAAAAGUUACCUGUGGUGAGCUGAGUCCCAUUGCAUCGUGCAGUGGAGAUUCCAGUGUUCCUGUGGGGUUGAAUGUGUCGGUCAGCCUCUCCCCUGAUCCUAGUGGUUCUGUCGGCCUCUCCCCUGACCCCAGUAUGAAGGAUCUAGGCGGCCGCAGCCCCUGCACACCGACUAGUGGCUGCCUCAAGGCAGGAACGCGGGCACCCAGCGGCGCGCAUGUCCAGUUCCACACGCCUUACGACAAGGAGGAAGAUGAGGAGCAGCAACGGCUACUGCACGAUACCUUGGUGACGCAGGGUGGCCAGGUAACCCUGCGCAAGGGCCCGUGUGGUGCCUCCACCCCGAAUAGUGAGAGAUCACCUGCCGCGCCUCUUGACCAAGCUGCCCGACACCUCCCCCUCAGAUGUCAAUUCCAGUCUUUCAUUAUCCAAAAAGUGGCGAGGCCGCCACAUAUCGGGGUCUAGCAGUCUCAGCUUGGGCUCCAGCUCCAGCAGUUCUGGCAACUCGGGGGCAACAGAACUCGAGAGGCGUGCUCCGGAUGGUGGGUGGGGUUGGGUGAUCGUGGCGGCUUCCUUCAUGGUGCACUGCAUCGCUGAUGGUAUCACGAUGUCCUUUGGCGUGUUUUUCGUGGAGCUGCUCAAUUACUUCAAUGAGGGGAAGUCUCUCACAUCAUGGGUCGGCAGUCUGUUCAUGGCCAUUCCUCUCCUGGCAGGGCCACUUGCCUCCAUCCUUACCGACCGCUAUGGCUGUCAGACGGUCACCAUCUGCGGGGCGUUGGUGGCCUGUCUGGGCUUCUUCGUCAGUGCCUUCGUCAACACAAUUCCUCUGCUGCUGCUGACAGUAGGCGUCGUCACGGGACUUGGGCUGGCGGUGUGCUACGUGGCCGCCAUUGUUAUUGUUGCAUUUUAUUUUGAGAAGAAGCGUUCUCUGGCCACGGGCAUCGCCGUGGCAGGGAGUGGCAUCGGUACCUUCCUGUUCGCGCCACUCAUUCAGUACCUGAUGGACCACUGGGGAUGGCGGUUGUCCUUCAUCCUGCUGGCUGGCGUGAUGCUCAACAUGGUGGUGUGUGGAGCACUCAUGCGGGACCUGGAGUGGACGCCACGUCACUCAUCCUCCGCCAAUCGUAAUGUCCGUGCCACGCCAGCUCCCAGCAGCCACCGGGGCUCCACCUCACACUCCUCAGAGACUGUCGGGGGACGCGGCGGUAACCUUGCACUGCCCUCGCUGGACGAGCUGCGGCGACUGGUACAGUCGGGAGACGUGGCGGCUUUACUUUCACCAGAGGAACAUCCUGCCGAGACAUUGAGAGGAUCAGCCUCGAUGGUGCUGCUGCCAACCUUCCUCAGUCGCUCCCACGCGCUGCCCCCUGAUGUCAUCCCGUGCCUGUCCUCGCGCACCAAUGCCUACGAGGUGGUGUCUCAGAUGUACCCACAUCUGCUGUCCCACUCCCUCUCAAGCACCCUGGAGCAAGUACUGCCACAGGGGGAGAAGAAGUCACAAAAAUCACAGACCCACAAAGAAAAGAUGUCAGAGUAUGCCUCAACCACCAUCACCAGCAUCGGUUCCUCUGGGGGCUACAGCCAGGACCACAGGGCUGCUGCUCACCGAGAGGCGCAACCCUCCGACACCGAUGACACAACACCCGGCUCGGUCCCGCCUCCCGCCCCCCGCGACACUCCUCAGCCCAGCAAGCUUGACUUACAGAUAGGCUUCACCCCUGAGGACGACGGUGAUGAGGCCGACAAUGAGGAGGAGAAUGAGGACCAGCAGGAGCGGAUGGCGAUGCUGGCUGGGAGUCGCCUACCCAGGGGUCCGAGGCAGCCCGGCACACGGAGGAUCUCUACUGGCUGCAUGGGGGCCAGCUCUCCCCCUCCCCCCGCUGCUCCCCUCCGCAACAUGAGGAUCAACAGGCAAUCCAUGACUUACCGCGGCGCCAUGCUCAACAUUCAGCGUUACCGUCUGAGGGCGUCAUCCUGCCCAGACAUCUACCGCAACUCCAUCAUUACCAUUGCCAAGGCGCAGGAUGAGGUGGGCGCCUGUGCUGACUGGACUUACCUGGAUGACAUGGGUGAAAUGCUGACCGCCUGUGUGGACGUCACCUACUGCAUGGACGCCUCCUACCUGGUGUUUGCUGUGUCCAACUUUGUGCUGUACGUCUUCUAUGACACCGUGUACAUGUAUUUGACAGACUAUGCACAGGGGGUGGGCAUUUCAGCGGAUGACAGUGCUAAUUUGAUCUCAGUCAUUGGAAUCCUCAACUGUCUCGGAAUGGUUGUCAUGGGGUAUGUGGGAGACCGCUCAUGGUCUUCCCCGGUGCUGAUUUACAACAUCUCAAUGGUGGUGUGUGGCCUGAGUGUGCUGGUCAUGCCCUUCAUCACCAAUUACUGGCUCUUGGCACUAGCAUCAGCUGUGUUUGGACUCUUUAUAUCAGCAAAUUAUGCUUUGACGUCAGUGAUUGUGGUGGAGCUGGUGAGUCUGGAGGCGUUCAGCAAGGCGUAUGGACUGUUGCUUCUGAUCCAGGGUCUUGCCAAUCUGAUUGGUCCUCCUCUUGUAGGGUUCAUUGCAGACACAACAGGUAACUAUGUGAUGCCAUUUGUGGUGUCGGGCCUUUUCAUUGUGUUCUGUGGCCUCAUCCUGAACCUGAUCCCACUAAUCAAGCGUUGUCGUGGACAGUACGCCUCCUCCACCUCCUCCCCAGUUUGCACCCCCAAGAAUGGCUCACCCACUGCCACGCCACUUCACAACUUCAAGCAGAAACCAAAACCAAUACAGUUGUGAUGCAUCUGUGGCCUUCCUGUGGGGCACCGAGGUAAUGAUUGUGCUGAUGCUGGUCACCCAAAUACACGCAGUAAGGAAUAUGAGGCAAGGAAGGGUGGGAACCCAUGCUGAUAAUCUUUGUUCAAGAAGCUUUCAUUACACUUAGGCUUUCAAAUAAAACAAAGUUGUACAAAUAUUGUAAUUAUGAUCCCCUCAAGAUUUUUGGCUCACAAGUGUAUGUAAAGUAAUGCAUGAAAUAAGAGUCUUUUGGCAUGCUCAUUCCUACUCCUUGUGUUAACCAUAUUCAUCCAUAUUUAGAAGAUUUUUCAUGUAGGAGGUAACCUGCUCUGUAAGAUGGAGUCCUACAGUCAGCUUUCUUCUCUCAGCUCACUUCUUUAAUUGCUAGAUAGUUCAAGUAGGAGAAACUACUACUAGGAAUUUUCUCCACAAGUGAGAUUGAAGACUUUGGUGCAUGUAUGGAGAAUCAUCUGUUGUGAUGACAACCUAAUUUUGAAAGACUCCAGCUGGCUGCCACCUGAGGCUACUUGCAGGGGUCCUGGCCAGGCCAUCAGUGUUCUCCCUUUUGUGGCAGAUACAAAUUGUGAUUCUAGUUUUAUACUGUAAACUUGUUCAUUAUUUUGGUUUAUUUGCAUACUUUCCAGAAUGCUUAUUUAUGAUAUUUCAAUUUAGUUAAAAAUGGCAUUUUGUAUAUGUGGGUAUGAAAAUAAAUAUAUUCAAUAAAAUAUUUAGAAAUAAUUUUCUAAAACUUAGCAUUUUAUGAAAAUGUAUGAAUCAUUCCAUAAUGCAAAUAUUAACUUAAAUAUUUAAUUGGAAAUGUUAAUGAAAUUAUGCAUUUACCUGAAAAAUAUUUCCAUCUCUUAAAAGUGCUUACAAGAUGCUUUAUCAUUACUAAGCAAACUGCCAUUGUCUGAGUAUCUACCCCCAUUUGUGGAACUGGAACUUUACUACUUCGAACAUCAUGGGUCUUGCAUUGUCAACAUGGCAUUAGUCACAGCUCUGCUAUCUUGCACAGACAGAACUAUAACCACUGUGACCUCAAUGCCCUGUUUUAAAAGGAAGGACUUGGGGUCAAGGCACCAUUACUCAUUAUUAUUUCUUUGAGUUAUGACUUGAAGCUGUUGUGUGUUUAGUGUUGUUUGCUUACUGUUCCAGGAACCUCUUUCAGACUUACGUGGUAACCAAGAAUACCUUGCAUGGAUUGACCAGUUUAAAAUCACCACUAGUCCUAGCAAUUUAACAAAUAUAAUAUAUAGUGUAUAUUUCAGGAAUGAUAAUUAUGAUCCAGUCUACAAUAUACCUGUAGCUUUUGAUAAGAAUGGCAACAUUUCUCCAUUUGUAUACAUUUGUUGUAAGUUUUUUGGAUUAUGACCUAAGGAUGUGAAUGUCAGUUAAUUUUGAGUUGCUCAUCUAUUUGUGUGACUUCCCUCCAUCUUGUAAUAAUAAAGCCUGCUUUAUUUCAACAUGACAAAUAUUUUUAUAUAUUUUCUUGUAAAUAAUUUGUACAUUAUACAAACUAAGUUAAUAAGUAACCAUAUAUUCAUUUCCCCACUUGAGAUGGAAUCUUUCUUAGUCAUGAAAUACACACACAUACACACACACACACACACACACACACACACACACACACACACACACACACACACACACACACACACACACACACACACACACACACACACACACACACGCACACUGAGUUAGUUCAGUGUUAAUUUCCAUGCCUGUCUCCUGGCAGGCUGCGGUCUGUGGCCUGCUCAAGUCACUUGAGGUUUUCACUGAUGAGCAAGCAGUUACUGUCCUCCUUGAGCAAGAGGACUGGAUGUGUGAAAGGUCUCAUCUGUAUCCAUGUAACAGACUACAUGACCUCUGAGCUUUCCCCAGGACAUUACAGCUGGCAAUCACAAGUCUAACAUGAAAUUCUCCUUUGGACACUCUCUCUCUCUCUCUCUCUCUCUCUCUCUCUCUCUCUCUCUCUCUCUCUCUCUCUCUCUCUCUCUCUCUCUCUCUCUCUCUCUCUCUCUCUCUCUCUCUCUCUCUCUCUCUCUCUCUCUCUCUCUGUCUCUCUCUCUCUCUCUGUCUCUCUCUCUCUCUGUCUCUCUCUCUCUCUCUGUCUCUCUCUCUCUCUCUCUCUCUCUCUCUCUCUCUCUCUCUCUCUCUCUCUCUCUCUCUCUCUCUCUCUCUCUCUCUCUCUCUCUCUCUCUCUCUCUCUCUCUCUCUGCCAGUAAUGCCCCUUCAGCUCUCAAGGACUGUGGCAGCUACUUUUACAACAUUGGAGGAGAAGCAGGAAGGUGUGUGUGCAUGUCAUUGAUGCUUAGGUUGUGUUAGUUGUAAUUAUUUAUAAGUGAGUUAUACAGCUUAAACAUUUAUAUGAUAUGAUCAACAGACCCUCUUGCAAUAUCAAACUAUGCAUUAGUAUCAAGAUGUUUCAAAAGUUUUGUCCUACUGUAAAGUUUGUUCAGUGAUAAUCUUUGUAUAUAAAAUGUAGAUCACAAUUUAAUCAAAGAUGUGUACAGGUUACACAGCAUACAUGUAAUACAUUUUCCAGUCACUAGUAGUGAUGUGUGGAAUACAGAACAAGACACACCUAGGACUACAUCAUGAUGUGAUAUAAUUAUUCACUUUCCCAUGCAUCCCAUUAGAAUUACAUAGAAAUAUAGUCUAUAUUUUUCUCAGUAUUAACAAAAUCCACUCAAUAUAAUUAAGAUCAAUAAUUUAAUGUAACUAUGUAAAAAUGUAUAUAAGAGUGUGUGCAUGCAUUGUGGGUCUUGGGAGUGUGGGUGGCAGCACCCCAGAGUGGGGAGCAGGUGGAGGCUUAGGCCACACCUCUUCUGGCACUUAGGGGUCCCCGAGUCUGCCAGGAAGGAAAGGGUCUCAGGCAUUAGCUGAACAUCUGAGGUGACCAUUCCAGAGCUGAGUAUUGACUGGGAUGAAAGAAAGUUUUGAUGUUAGUACAUUCUACACUAUUGUUUUGCUGUGAUUUUGGUGGAAAUCACCAAUAAUUAUUUACUUUCCGAGGAACUGUGAUGACCUCACUGUGUAUAUCAAACACUGGAGCAGUGCAGACCUGUGAUACCAUGUGGUGUGUGUGGUGAGUGGCAGGCAGCAGUGUGGCAGGAUGUGGUGGUGGUGGUGGUGGUGGUGGUCACUGUCAUGCUCUACUGAUCCCCUCCACUGCUGGAAGGCAAAUAGUUCUGGAAGAAUGACCGUACAUGACUAUCGCUAUACUUCAUGAGCCAUCUGCAUUGUUAAUUGUUUUCAGAGGAUGUGCAUCUCAUCUUAUUGAUGUGGAUAGUGGGGUUUACUUGCAUUAGUAACUUAUUUAUGAUAGUCAUAAUAAGGGACACCAGAGCUACUUAUCAUUAUGUGUAUUGUGAUGAAAACAACAACAGUUGGUGCUUAAUUUAAACAGAAUGCUCAUUCAUCAUCAUCAUCAGCUCUUGUUACAUUUCCCGAUGGAAAGGGAAGGGAAUAAAUGUAAAAAGAUGUCACAUUGUUCAUUAGAAAGGAUGGCAAUCACUAAUGUCAGUCAUUGAUACCGAUAUGAUUGUGUAAUUACAGAGACCAAAGAAAUAUCCUUUUAAGAUUUCCUUCUUAAUGUAAUUCAUCAUGCAAAGUUGUUGGUAAGACUGAUCAAGAAAUGGAAAUAUUUUGGAGUCUGAUCCAUCAUCUGUAUGUGACAAUCCCUAAAACAUAUUUCAAUGUUUUACGGAAACCUUAUACUCUCCUUCCAUACACACAUGUAUUCUCCUUUUCUUCCAAUCCUGUGAUCUUACUUAUGACUUGUGUUAAGUCUUCCUUACACUUAUCAUCAUUAAUCUCCUCCUCCUCCUCCUCCUCCUCCUCCUGCUCUAACCAUGACCUCCCCAGAUCACCAUAACCUAAACAUACACACUCCAUUAUUCUUUAAUUUACAUGGAGUCCCUUUCUCCUGGUGCCAUGCUGCUGCCAGCCACCCACCAUUCUUGUCUGGUUAGUAGGUCAUUUGGUGAACAACAAUCUGAUGCUCUGUAUUGUCAAGCACAAUAUGAUAUUGGAAGGAUGCGAUACAUUGUAGUAAAUACAUAAUCCUGUAAAAUAGUACUUUUGGGUAAGUUUAUCAAUAGAUAUUUAGACAUUCAUUGCUCAUUUCAGUCUGAGUGUUUGUUGUUGAGUUUUGGCAGGUUACUGUGGCCAAGGGAGUACAAGUUCUACAGUUAAAGUUACACUUCACUGCAGCUGUCACUGCCUUUCACCUCCUCAUGAGACCUUGCUCACUCCAGGCUGGCGGCUGCUGCAUCACCUUCACCGUGUUGCAAUGAUCAGCCUUCAAUACAGACAUGUAAAUAUACCUUUCUGGAACUUUUACUGUCAACUUUACCAUGUACAUUCUGUGAUUGAAUAUAAUUACAAAUUAAAAUCCCCUGCUCAGGCACUUUUCUGUGACUUGUCAUGAUUUCUUUGCAUUUCUCCUCUACUUGCUGAGUCUGGCACUCUGCUGACAGUGUUCAGGUACAGAGAGGCAAAGAUCACACCAAGGUGCCACUGUGCUCAGACCUUUAGUCUUCUCAUCUGCACUCAGGCACUGUGACAACCUAAGUUAAAUGAUGUUUCCAGGGAAAAUUAAGCUAACUUUCUUAAACUACCUAAUUCAUUGUAAUAUUUUCAUGGAAUAUUUUGGGCUGCAGUUCAAUUCUUUUCGGUAUCUUCACUCCUAGCUCCUCAAAUUGGUGUUACUGCAGAUGUUACCAAUGCAUAAUAUAAUAGAUCUCUAGGGAAGCAUUUGCACUCAACAACAUACCUCGAGUACUAUAUUAAGUAAUUCAUUGCUCUGUCUAACUACAUACCUUCCAUCCCCCUCCCUUGUGUACAUAGCAAUCAAAUGUGCAAGCCACUAUGGCUGUUUAUAGUUCCAUGUAAGUUUUUAUCAUUCUAAUGUUCAAAAUGCAAUAAAAGUAUUUCCUUCA